AUGCUGCCUCAUUAUGUUAAUACAAACAAUACAUUCAAUUUGCAUAUCAACCAUACUACUGUAACUGAUGAUGCAACAUCGGAAUGCUUUCAAAGUUUAGUCUUCAUAGCUAAUCAGAUAAAUAAUCAAGCUUGGAGUGAUUAUAAGAAUUCUAGGGAACAUAAAAGAGGAGCUGAUAUUUACAUAAUUGCCAUACUUGGUGUGUUUGCUUCAGUGAUUGUAUGUUUGUUAUUUCGAUCUGUUCGCAAAAGUGAGAAUGUAGAUGAUCAGAUUCAUGUCGACUACGAAGAGCGUGAACGUCAACGACGGAAAUUGAAAGAAGAUAAAGGAAGAGCUCAAGCAUGGCUUACACAGCUGGGGCUUCGAGGAAUGCGUAGACUGCGAGGUAGAAGCUCUAGCUAUCAUGGAGCUAAGGAGCGCAUUUCGACCGGAAGUGUUCCGAACACUCUCCGAUUUCCAGCUCUGAUCAAGCCACCAUCUCGAGCCAAAUCAUUCCAAGGCUUUCUACCAGAGAUAGUUGUUACGCAUCAUAACUAUUCCAAUCAGAAUUAUGAGUGUCAUCUAUCAACAGCCAUUUCAGCUCCUAACAGUAGACCAUCAUCUCAAUGUUCAAGAUUAUCCUCUGAUUUAAGCUGUAAAAGUGAAGCUUUUCUAUUCGAGGAACCAGUAGAGAGUGAUGUGUUCUCUUAUAAUAUCGAGGAUUUUCCUUGA